AUGUUAAGGAAAAACAAGAUACUGAUUUUAAAGUACCCUCUAUAUCUCAUUAAUGGAGUUUUCUUGAUUCUUGGAUUAUUGCUCUUGGGAUUUGGUGCAUGGCUUUUAUUUGAUAGAAACAUUUUUUUAACAAUUUGGGAUGAAAGCAGUUACUUGAUAACAAAUAUUUCCCAAAUGCUGAUUGGAACUGGAUCUGCUACUGUUGUAUUUUGUCUUUUGGGCUGUUUGGGAAUUCACAAAGAAAUCAAGUGGCUUCUAAUUCUGUAUGCAGCACUGUUAAUGUGUCCCACUGGUGUUCAAGUUGGACUUUCAGCACUCAUCUUUGUAAAGAAAGAUGAGGUUCAUCAAAUAUGGCACAAAGAAUUUGAUUUAAUCAUCUCUAAGUAUGGAUCCAAAAAUAUGUCUGAAGAUAUACCCAAGUGGACUAUUCUGAAUGUGUUACAGAAAACAUUACAGUGCUGUGGCCAAAACAAUUAUACAGAUUGGAUAAAGAACACAAAUAAAGAAAAUUCAGAGCAGGUACCAUGUUCUUGCACAAAUUCUACAUUAAGAAAAUGGUUUUGUGAUGAGCCACUGAAUGCAACUUACCUAGAGGGUUGCGAGAAUAAAAUCAGCACGUGGUAUGAUGCUAACAUUUUUAUUUUAAUUGGAAUUGACUUUGGACUUUUGGCUUCACAGGUUUUGCAAGUCGUAUUAAUUAUUUCUUUCUUCAGACAUACCAAGAAUAAAAUAUAUGUGGAAAUGUGA